UACCUUCCAAAAUUUGAGCCCCCGGUGCCCCCUGACAGGGACUCUGCAAACCGCCGCGACACUGUAUUGAAUCAUUCUUUCUCUAGAUUCGCUCAACUUCACACAAAUCAUGGCCCACCGAAAAGCAGCCUCCUCGAGCGGGAGUGAGAGCGAAGACGACGCCCCCGAGACCUUCUCCUUCAACACCUCCAAGGUCGCCGCAAAGGACGCGGAGCACGCGCUACAGCGGUAUCAAACCGCAGAAAAACAAAAGCUCAAGAAACUGAACCGGGAGCGGGACCGUCUGCGGAAGGAGCAGGCGCAGGCUAAGGCCGCCGCGACCGCCGGGAGUGGGAAGGGGAAAGGCAAGGGAGCAUCCGAGGAGAGUGACAGUGAGGAUGAGCUGGAGGGCCGGCCAAAGAGCGGGCUGGAAGCGCGGAUGGAGAGGGCGAUGCAGGAGGCGGAGCAGGAGUCUAACGAGGACGACGAGGCGGAGGAGGCAUGGGGUGGUCUGGGCAGCGAGGACGCCUCAAACCGUACGCACAGAGCAGGCGACCGAGACGGCACCUCAGACGACUCCUCAGAUGAGGACAGCGACGCGACCGGGGACGUACACUCCUCCAACGCCUCACAGUCAGACUCUUCCGACUCCGAGGAGGACCCAGAUCUCGAAGAAGCCCCAGCACCCCGGAAAAAAGCCCCUACGACACCGACCUACCUCCCCGACCACCUCUUCAAAGCUGCCUUCUCCACCUCCGCGUCCUCUUCAAAACGGCGGCUCGACACGGCGGACGAGCCGUCCGAGUCGCGCCCACGCAAGAAGCAGCGCAAGCGCACCAAACGGUCGGGCAAGGGCACGGACGUCGUAGUCGGCUCGCGGACGAUCCGCACGCUCGCGCCUACAUCCUCGGCGGUGCCCACCCCCACACCGCGCGCGAUGAUGCCGCCCCCGCGGGUGAACAAGUUCCUCAGUCGCAGCCUCAACCUCAAGGGCAAGCCCGAGCCUGCCAGAGCGAAAGGCUGGGAACGCAGAGCAGCGAACGUCGGCGUCAUGAAGCGCAACGGCCCUGCAGCCAGCUUCGUUCGGAAUCAAGGCUACUCAUAGCCACCAUGUACCUACUGGCGCUGAACCGGUAAUGCAAACGCGUUUUGCAUUCACUGUCCUACAUCCGCAACAUAAAGGGUUCUCCGAUUUUAGCCUGCUAGGCUCAAUAUUAUACAUCUUGAGUACGUCCCCAAAUAUCGUUAGGCGAAGCGGAGGCCCGGAUGUUGUCUGUAGGCCUGCAAACGAGCGAAUGGUUUCGCUCGCGCUGCAGGUAGGCGCACCUUGCGAUGUUUCUUGAGAUACAGAGAGCAGGACCAUGCAGGUACUGUGGAGCGACAUGUGGCGAAACUAUGCAACUUUUCUCGUGUGCAGUGAUCAUACACGCAGGUAAAAACCGGCAUUUUGCAUUACUGGUUCAGCGUCAGUAUGUAUCUUCUAUUCCUCC